UCGAGGUCGGCGUCCUCCUCCCUCCUCUCCCUGCUGCUCCUCCGCCUCGUCAUCAUUCCGUCAGUAUUAUCGACAGCACCGCCGCCAUGCUAACGCGGAUGAAGGUGUUGCCCAGCGUAGCUCAGCUAUUGGCCAGGAGGUAUCUUGGAGAUGCGCCACGUGUCGCCACCACCUGUCGACAUCGUGGAUAUGGCGGUGUGCGCCACGUGUCGACAUCGCGAAUUCGCGUCUGGUUGGCGCGGCAAUUUGGGGCCACCGUCGAUGAGAAUCACGACAGCAGCAGCCCAAUUAGCGCUGUCGUCAUCAAUCCAGUCCUCCAGAGCGCAAUCAGCCCAGAUCCCGUCAAUUCUCAAGCAGCGUCGGAUUCCAGUCGGAGGAAAGGGGCUCAGAAUACCAUACGGAGAUUGACCCGUGCGGUGCGGAAGGGACGCCUGGAAGACGCCGAGAGGCUGCUGGCGGAAAUUGCGCAUGACGAGGAAAUGGAGCUGGAUGUCAAGCUUUGCAAUUAUGCCCUUCAUUCUUGUGCGUCUGCAAAAGAUGCCACGAGGGCGCAAACACUGCUUGCGAUAAUGAAGAAGAAGAACAUCCAGCUGGACUCCAUAUCCUAUGGCUGUCUGCUACGCUCGUUCUGCCGCGCAGGAGCUCUGGAUAAGGCGAUGAAAGUGCUCGAAGGCCUUGUUCGAGAAUACCAACUUGGUCUGUCAGGGGUGACACCCAAUGGGAUUAUGUUCAACACUGUGCUGAAUGGGUGCGCAACUGUAAAAAACAGGGCCCUGGCAGAACGAUGCCUGGAGCUCAUGAACAUCGUCAACAUUCCGAAAGAUGAUGUCACAUAUACAGAGCUGAUGAAGCUCGAGGGUGUUCUGCGUAGUGAGGAAGGUAUCGAGAGGUGGUGGAAAGAGCUGCAGCAAUUGUCUGCACAUCCAACUCCUUAUGUGCACACUGCGCGUAUCGUGGCUAUCUGCAGAUCUAGAGAUGUUGCUGCGGCGGAACGAGCUCUCAUGGAGAUGGUGGAGAGUGUUACAGAUGCGCAUCGAGGUCGGGUCAACGAAGCUGGCAUGGAAGCAGCAGAGCCUGUGGUUGAGCACAAUAUCGAUGCAUUUGUUGGUGGCGGUCCCUAUGAUUCUGCGAAAUUACGUGAUGAGAAAGAUGGCGAAGACGAUGCGAUUGUGCACACAGAGCACGCCGUGCUAGAUGCUGCUGUUCUUCGGGAUCACGAGGAGAUGAAGGGUGCUGCAGAGCAAUGGCUGGAUCAUGCUGCCAGCUCCAGUUUGAGGGGCAAUGAGGGGCAGGAGAUGUCACCUUCCAAUGGCUCUUGGCAGCAGCGAGGGGAUGACCCGAUGGUAAAUCAGGACAGUGCUUGCUUGAACAAUUUUGAGAAGAAGAACCUGGAGGAAAAAGCAGUAGGGGGGUGGAAAUGGUGGGAGGGACCGCUUCCCGAACUGAUGGAUCGACAGACUCGCAGACUGCUGUCCCAGGCAUAUAAUGCUGUUAUCAACUGCGCGUACCACAAUGGGCGAACGGACCUCGCGGAGCGCUUCUAUGCUGAGAUGCGCCAGGGUGGACUAGAGCCAGACAUCUAUACAUUCAAUGCACUUCUGCGUGCGGUCGGCAGGGGGCGGGGCUAUGGUGACGCAAAGAGGGUGAUGAAGUCCUUUGAGAUGGUUGGAAUACGUCCAGAUCAGUAUAGCAUUGCUGCUAUGAUCGAGACUCUCUGUAAGGAGGGGAACAUAAAUCAAGCCGAGGUCCUGCUGAACCGCCUCCAAGAAUAUGGCAACCCCACAUGCUUCACAUACAACCGUGUAAUUGAUGCCUGCACAGCAAAGGGCGAUCCAGUGCGAGCUCUGCAGAUCUUUGCAAAAAUGAAGAACCAUGGAGUUGCCCCGGACGAAUACACGUAUGUGUCACUCUUUUCGGCGUUUGGCCGCGCGCAUGUGUCAGGAGUGGUUGGGGGGAGUUGGUCGCGAACAGAAGUUGGGAAGCGGGUCCUGGCUCUGGAGGAAGACAUGGAGAAGUCUGGCGUGAAACACACGCGUGCGACGUUCUCUGCACUGGUACAUACGCUUGGACAUGAGGGUAUGCUGGAUGCUAUGCUGAAUCGGAUCUAUUCGGUGCAAGAUUUAAUGGACGCUUCGGGCAGGCCUUUCCUGAGCACACUCACAUGCAACAUUGCUAUCAAUGCCUGUGUGCAGGCCAAACAGGUGGAGCUUGCUCUGGAUAUUUUCGGGAAAAUGGAAGGUUGGGGUUGCGAUCCUGACCUGGUUACAUACAACACUCUCAUCAACAGUUGUUCUUACAACCAAAAUCUGCCCACCGCAUUCGAGUUGAUGGAUAGCAUGAAGAAGAAGGGAAUCCCACCUGAUAUCAUCAGCUACAACUCCCUCAUAAAGGUUACUUGCCACUGCAAUAAAUUGGACCUGGCGCUUGCUCUGCUUCAGGAAAUGAGCGCGCUGGGAAUCAAGCCAGAUACGUUCACGUUUCAUACCCUGCUUGCGUCGGCCACUUACCACAAGCGACUGGAUGUGAUAGAGUUCGUGAUUGAGCACAUGCGGCGUGAGGGGGUGAAGCCUGGGCUCUUCACAUGCGCUCUUGUUGCGACAGCCUACUUGGAGCUGGAGAGACUCGAUGAGGUUGUGGAGUCCAUGAAGGUGCUCAGCGCACGAAUGAUUGCUUCCCCCCCCCAUUCAUCAAAGGAUGGUGAGGAUGCUGCUGACACGAACGAUAUGCCGAAUCCUGGCGUCAGCGACCAGAGAAUAACAGUGAUGAGCGAGUCGGAGGCGCAGCCAAGAACCGCUUAUGAAGAAACGGAUGAGGAUGGUGUUCCGGAUGGCGUUGGUGUGAACGAUGACAUGCAAAACGAUGGCUUGGGCAACGUCGAAACAGACGAUAACUGUGCGGAGACCGACAUGGAAAGCCCGGAGGCGGAACUCGAUACAAGACACUUGCUAGAGGAUGCUGUGCUGAGUGGUAGUGAAGAGGCAGUGGGUCGGUACUUGGCCAAACUCACUGCUCUCCUGGACGGGGAAUACACAUUCUUAGAGAAGAGUGAUGAUAAGACGAAGAUGUCUGCUGAGGUGCUUGGCUCUUCGUCGCUUGCUGUGAAUGCUGCCUACCAGCACCUCUGUGCUGUGGAUGCUGUCUACUUCAUGCUGUUUAGUCUUGCUGCCCGACAGCAAAAGCCUGUCCAAGUGGCUGUGGAGAUGGACUCUACGAGAAGCGGGUCGGGCAGGAAUCGUCAUUGCUCCCAUCAGGCGCCAACUUGCACGGCAGUGGACCCGCCCCGGCGACUGCGCUGAGGCCAUCUUCCUGGCCAUGUGAUUCUGUGGGAGUGAAUGCGGGAAUUGUCAUUGCUGCCAUCAAGCGCCGACGUGCAAGGCAGUGGGCCCGUCCCGGCGACUGCGCAGAGGCUAUCUUCCUGGCCAUGUGAUUCUGUGGCGGCGAACUGACCCUUGGCAUGCCCCAGCGACCGCGCAGAGGUCAUCUUCCUGGCCAUGUAAUAUGUGGCGGUGAAUGACUUGCGACACACCCCAGCGAUUGCUCAGAGGCCGUCUUUUUCCUGCCCGUAUAACAAAUAUGUGGCAGCGAG